AUGAGCAACAUCGAGGACGGCUUUCGUCCGACGCCGAGCAGCGUCGCUAAAUCGCGGUUGGCUUCACUGAACCGGGUUCUAGGUAUUUAUCCAGCAGUCGCGUUUACUGAUCUGCUCUCUUUUCACCUUGUCGAGGCCCUAUCGGAUCAUCCCCGACGAGGUGGUAAUACGGCGUAUAAUGAGCAUAAUGACAUCGAACUUCUUUAUGCCAUACCUCGCAUCCUAGAGAGUCUGCAUCACCCUAAUCGUCCUUGUGCCUACCUAAACCGACUCCGGCAAGGACUCGGAUGGGCGAUUGAAGUUCUUAAUGAGAUAAAUCGAAAACCUUUAUCAGAGGGUGAGAUCGGAGCGAUGCCGACAGUAGCGCCACAUUGUUUCGGAGUAACCCCGAUGGAGUCGCCAUCAACAACGGGAGAAUGUGGCUUCUACGGAUUGACCAAUUGGCAAGAUUUCUUUACACAAGAUAAAGGAGGCUCGUAA